CUGCUGAGCAUCAUGCCUCUGCCCCGACGCCGCUCGUCCUUCCUGGGACAGUCCACUGCAGAGCGCCUGCCCCCGGCCUCCUGCGGGCGGGUGGGCCCCGCCGCCCCCCGGGGGGUCCAUGUGGGCCCCACGACCCCAGCAGGGCUGGGUCCAGGACUGGGAACACGGGUGUCCCGCAGAGCUCUGGGGAUCAGCAGCGUCUUCCUGCAGGGGAUGAGGAGCAGCACUGCCCCGGUCCUACCGCAGCCCACGGGGGGCCAAGCUGCCAGCGGGGGCCUGAACAGCUGCCUGGUGGAGUACCGGGACAAGGUCCGGGCCCUGGAACAGCUGAACCAGCAGCUGGAGGACCAGAUCCGCCUGAGUCUGGACCGCAAAGCCUCAUGUGCCGGAGCCUGGGGACCACUGAGGAGGGAGUGGGAGGAGGUCUACAGACAGGUUUGAGAAUGAGCAACCAUUCAGGAGGGCGGUGGAGGAGGAGAUCAGCUCCUUGUAUCGAGUCAUUGAUGAGGCAAAAAUAACAAAGACAGAACUGGAGGAGCAGAUGGAGAACAUGAGGGCGGAUCUUCGGAGCUUAGAGCACCAUCAUGAGCAGGACAUUCGCGCUCUUUACAACCAGAUGGCGGGCAGGGAAGUGGAUGAGCCAGAUGCUCCAAUAGAAACCAGUUUGGACCAAAUUCUGGCUUACAUCAGGAACCACUGGGAGAAGGUGACAGAGAAGAACAGAGCAGAGGCAGACAGCUACCUGGAGUGUAAACAGGAGGCGCAAUGUGUGGGCAGCAGGCUGAGUCAGAAGGAGGAGCAUGUAGAGGCACUAAAGGCAGAGUGCAGUGAAGUCAGCUGUAGGAUCCAGAGUCUACAGGCUGAGACUGAGUCCAUCAGAGCUCUGAAACGCGGUCUGGAGAACUCGCUGACUGAUGCUCGUCACUGGCAUGAGGUGGAGCUGCAGAACCUGGGUUCUGUUGUUGUGAAGCUGGAGGCGGAGCUUGCAGACGUGCACAGUGAAAUCGAGCAGCAGCGUCGUGACUACGACACCUUGCUAAGCAACAAGCAGCGUUUGGAGCACGAGAUCAGCCUGUACCACGGGAUCCUGGAUGGAGAGGAGAACCGCUACCUGCCUGCCACUGCUGCCACCACAGCACCGUGUUCAGGUACUCAUGGAGAGCCUGAGGAAGCUGCUGCUGACUCCAGGACUGAUGUGGGACUUCUGGGACCCUCAGAACCUGGAGACCACUGAUCCCUGGUUUCCUCAGAGCAGUGUGGAUUCUAUGAGGUGGACCUGCUUGAACCUGGGCAGGUGUGAGGGUUCAGAGUGACUGUGAUGUGCUUCAGAAGAAGACGCCACACACAGGCCCAAAGACUCACAAACUGUUUCCUGUACAGUGAUGAAUGUUUCCUGUUUUGGUGCUUUCAAAAUAAAAUGAAUGAAGGUGA